GUGGCUGAAGAGAUGAUGGGCAAGAAGGGAACGCCACAACCAUAUUGCACAGCCACUAUUCAGAGGGAGGCAGCCAUACACAUUGGCCUAAUUCACCCUGCGACGACGACAGAACAAUACCGACCUCGUACUCGAUAUUACAGAUCAAUGUAACAUCCAGUGCUAUAUUCUGACGCCUUCAUAAAAUGGAGAGCCAGAGUGCAGACGUUCCAGCCCUCGUCCUCUCAGAUCAGGAGAAGAAAGUCCUCGAGCUUCACGAUAGGCUAGAACAGCUCCAGCUGGAGAUCGCAUUGAUAAAAGCACAGAAGAAUUACGUUCCUGAUACAGCUUCAGACCGCACCGUAGAGGUAGCGCAGCAAGAGCUCUUGGAAUCCCGGGCUAGAUACACGUUGCGCAACGAGGUUGUCGCGAGCGUGCUGAGCGCGAAUCCCAUAUUACAGGCCGUGCACAACGGUACGAACGCGUCGCCUGUAGAAAGAGAUCUUCUCCCCCUGAUCACCGACCGGGAUUCAACAUCUACUACACUUGCAUCCCAAACUACAGAGCUACACUCUCUACUUUCGGACCUGACGGACGUCGAGAGCCGGUCCCUGCGUCUAACCCGAGAGAACGUCGCGCUAGCGGACCGCCUCCUCGAACUCGCGAAGCAGACAGAGAAGGGCACAUCCGAGCUUCUCCCUGAGGACUCGGAAUACGCGGCUGAGAUCGCGGCGUUAGAAGCCGAGGUGAAAACCAGCCGGCAGAGAUGGCAGGUCCUCAAAGGCACGGCGAGCGCGAUCGUGGCGGGUAGUGGUGUUGAUUGGGCGAGUGAUGCAGGUCUAAGAGAGAUGGUGCUCGAUCCAAUAGAGGAAGACAUUUAGGAAAAAAAAAAAAAAGAGCGAUGUCGAAGGGUUUAUGAAGGAAAGGAAUGUUUGCGUGCUGCUUUAAUGAUACCCCCCAGCCUAAGACUCCCUAUUAUGAGUCUGUACGUGCUGAUCUAAGUAUGGGAAGCCAUGAAAAUAUACCAAAGCUGAGUUUGAGCUCGAUGCGAGGAACUUCGAGGAACAUGUAAACAAAGCUUAUUCCUUUACAGGUGUUGAGAUAGUCGCUAUCACGUAAUUGUAGUAGAUAUUUUAGACAUGUGAUGAUGUAAUUCUAGGGGAAUGACCUACGCGUAUACUUCGUAGGUCCAGGAGGGGGGAAGACAUGUUUUGAUCAAUGCCAAAAGUUUCAGGAAGUAAGAGAGAAUA